AUGCAAGAAGAGCCUAUUGAUCGGCACCGAGACCACUGGAUGGAGCGCAAACGCAGGAUCGACCACGAGGAAGCCAAACGGCGGGACGAGAUGGAGAGCAGAUACCACGAGGGCCCAGGUCCGCCCAUGGUUGGUCGGCCGGAUGUCAGAUUGGGGCCGCUCAAUCCUGGCGACAGCUCACGGAACGGCUACAGUCCGCGAACGCAGCUGCCUUCGAUCAACAACCUUACAAAUGGCGCCGAGGAGCAGCACUCCCGCGAUGAUGCCGAUGCCGCGUACAAGCGAAGGCGGCUGGCAGAAGGAAUGGAUGCCGCCGACGACCGGCGCAGGGGCGAGUCCUUCACGCCGCCAGAGCAUGCCCCUGCGCACCACGCAAGGCCCGACAUGCGACCGCCGCAGCACCGUUACGGAGAAGAGCGCGAGAUGCGCUUGGAAGAUCGUUCACCGCAGGACGGCCACUUUGGACCCAGACCCAACGGUCGCCUCUCGCCCCUCGAUGACCGCGGCCGGCCGAUGCGAUCGCCCGGAGUGGCCGGCGCUCCGCUUCCACGCAGCCAAGACUUCCGCAAGCCUUCGGUUCUCUCGGGAGGCCCCGAGGAGGUUGUGGAUGGGAGCCCCUCUAUGCCCGGUCUCGCCCGCCGACGAGGUGACGCAGCUCAGGCGAAAGCGAGCCGUCUGCACAUCGACACCGGAUCGGGGCCGACUGGCGGAUUCGACAUGAGCUCGAUGGGAUCCAGAUCGGCUGGCGUCGCCAAGAGCGCCCCGCCGCAGAAGCUGACGUUUGAGCGGGAAGGCAUGGAGCCGCCACAGGCCUACGAGGCUGGGCGGCGGGAUGCUCCACGUCACCUGCAUCCGCAGGCCGCUGGCAACUACCCUCCCAUGACGGCCGCCCAUCCGCCCCGCGACUUCCGUGCGGUCUCUGGAUCGCGCCUGCACGAGAUCAGCGAAGCUGCAGGACGCCGGGACCCGCGCGACGACGGUCUCGUCGGCAGGGACGGGCAGCGCCUGCCCGAACACCCACAGACGGCCAACCCACUCGCACGGCAGGCGCCCGCUCUCAAUCGAGGGUUGGGCGGCGUUGGCGGAGGCUAUGUCCCGCAGACGGCGACGCUCCCCUCGCCGGCGUAUCAUACCACCCAGUUUGCGAGGGGCGGCCCCAGCGUGCACCGUGCUCCCGGUCCGCAGCCGCCGCAUACGGCCAGGCUGCCCGAGCACCUCCGGUCGCCUCCCUCGUCCAAGGCCCACUUCCUCGGCCUGUUUUCCGACUUCUACGAGAGCCUGCACGACAGCCGGACGCUCAAGGCGACGCUCGAGGACCAGAUCCGGCGGAGCAACACGCUGCUGCACACGCUGCAGAGCAGCCGACGCGUCCUCGAAGAGACCGUGGAGCGAAGGGUGCGCGAGGAGAGGGUGAUGUGGGAAGGGCGCGUGCGCGGCCUCGAGGCGCGCGUUCGCGAGCUCGAGAGCAAGAAUGGCGAAGGCGGUGCAGAGGGGUCCGCCAGCUCGGGCCGAGGCAGCCCGUCUGCGUCGUCGAGGCCCAAGGCCGACGCCUCGCGUUCCUCGAGCGCGACGCGCGAGGCCGCCAACGACAAGAUGCCUUCGCCGCCGUUGCACAAGCCGGGCUUCGCCAGGACGGCCUCGAAGGCGUCGUUGAGCGCACAUCGACCCGCCGCCGACCGAAGAGGCGACGUCGACGACGACGACCAUGACAUGGACGACCACGGCGAGCGCGACGAGCUAAGCGCCGAGCCAUGA